AUGUCCUCCAAGACAGUAUACUUUGGCUAUGGAAGCAACCUAUGGCUUGACCAAAUGAAGAGACGUUGCCCAGAAAGCAAAUAUGUUGGUGUAGGCUCUUUAAAAAACUGGAAAUGGAUCAUAAACGAGAGAGGAUAUGGAAACAUUAUACCAUCAGCAGGAGACAUUGUAUAUGGUCUCAUGUACGAACUUACUGCAAGAGAUGAACACGACCUCGACCUUUACGAGGGAGAAACCUACCAGAAACAAAUCAUCCCCGUGGAUUUCACCGGUACACGCGACAACCCUACAAAGGAGGUUGUACGGGCAUUGGUCUACAUCGAUGUUGAGAGGAAAGGUGCAAGCAGCCCGAGAAAAGAGUACAUAUACAGGAUGAACAUGGGCAUCGCUGACGCGUUGAAGGAGGGCAUUCCUGCCGAAUACAUCGACAAAUACUUGCGUCUUUUCAUCCCACCCCCCGACGCCAGGGCACUAGAGUUUAGCGACAGUUAG